UGCUCUCUCUCUCUCUCUUGGAGCCAUAAAUAAACACCCUUUUUCGGCUAGUUUCAUUUCAUCCUUUGCUUCAACCUUAAGGUGAAAAAAAUUAAACCCCAUCCCGUUAAUCAAUGGAUUUUGGUAAUUAGCUACUUGGAUAGUUGGAUUUCCUACUUGUUCAAGAUUUUUGAGGAAGAAGAGAUAUCAUCAUGGCGCCUGACAACAACCAUAACUGGCUCUCUUUCUCCCUCUCUUCAAUGGAAAUGCUCAACUCCUCUUCAAUAUCUUCUUCUUCUCAUCAUCAUCAACCUAAUGAUUCCCACCAUUACUAUUCCAUGGGAGAUAACUACUACACCACCACUGCCGCGGCGGAGCAGCAGCAUAUUUACGGCAGCUACCCGCCGCCAAAGCUGGAGGAUUUCUUUGCCGGCGGCGGCGGCGACUCGACGGAAACCCAAGAUUCCACCCUGACCCACAUCUACGGCGGCGAUGGCUACUUCGGCGGCGACGAGCAGCAAGAUCUGAAGAGCAUCAUUGGGUUCCAAGCCUUCUCCGGCGACGGUCAGGCUCACUCGCCGGCGGCCUACUAUCCUCACUGCCCCGUCUCCGCGGCCGAAAAUGCGCUGUCUCUAGACGUCGGCAAAGCUCUCGUCUCCACAGAAUCCGACAGCUGCAAGAAAAUCGCGGAUAAAUUUGGGCAGAGAACUUCGAUUUACAGAGGCGUCACAAGACAUAGAUGGACAGGAAGAUAUGAAGCGCAUCUAUGGGAUAACAGCUGUAGAAGAGAGGGCCAAGCAAGAAAAGGGCGUCAAGUUUAUCUAGGCGGAUACGAUAAAGAAGACAAGGCAGCGCGCGCUUAUGAUUUGGCUGCUCUCAAGUACUGGGGUCCUACGGCUACUACUAAUUUCCCGAUAUCGAAUUACACCAAAGAAGUUGAGGAUAUGAAGCAUAUGACCAAACAAGAGUUCAUUGCUUCACUAAGAAGGAAAAGCAGUGGCUUCUCAAGGGGAGCAUCAAUGUAUAGAGGUGUUACAAGGCAUCAUCAACAAGGCCGAUGGCAAGCAAGGAUCGGCCGUGUUGCAGGGAACAAAGAUCUCUACCUCGGAACGUUUGCAACGGAGGAGGAAGCAGCAGAGGCGUACGACAUAGCCGCUAUCAAAUUCCGAGGGAUAAAUGCCGUCACUAAUUUUGAGAUGAACCGCUACGAUGUUGAGGCAAUCGCCAAGAGCCCCCUCCCGAUCGGUGGGACAGCGAAGCGGCUGAAGCUCUCACUCGAGGGGGAGGGCAAGGCGGGGAGCAGCAUGCUGCAAACUCCGUGCAACAGCAGCAUCAGUUUUGCCGCUAUCCAGCCAUCCUCGGGCAUCCCGUUUGGCGUGCCAUUAGACAACUCGACACCGUACUACUACCACCACCACAACCUCUUCUACCCCAACAAUCCGGUGGCCUCCGACACCUCCAGCUCGGUGUCGUUGCUGGGGACGCCAAUGAACCUGAUGCCGACGCCCGGGGUGUGGCCCCACCACACCUAUUAACAACAUCAUACUUAGCCAAAGAUACUGCUCUUCUACUAAUAUUUAACCCAUAGUCAAGAGGGGAUUCGUUGUAGGAUUAGUUUCUAGGCAGAAGAUGGGAAUAUGUGGUGUAAGUAACUUUGGUUUCUUAAUUUUAGAUGUAUGUUUAAUGAUGCAAGAAGCAGUUGGUGUGGAUUAAUUUUCAACCGGUUUUCCACUACCACAAUCUGCUCUUGCGAUCACUCAAUUUUUGCUAAUCAUAUAUAAAAAUCACAUAAUAUAUAGUACUAUAUUUAUUCUCA